GACGAACAACCUGCAAAAAUUAGUUGAUACACAGAGGUAUGAGUCCCAAUUUACGGGCAUUUUUCGGCGCAAGAAAUAUCAACGGCAAUGGAAAACAAGGAAAAACUUGAGCGAAGAUCGUAAGGCAACUUCUUCGAAGCAAAGCAAUAUGGAUGUGAGCCAAGCGAUUGUCCGGGCUGAGAAGAUUAAAGAAGAAAAACGAAAUCGUUCUAAGCAGAAAAAUCGUGACAAAGCAGAUAAAUUCAAUGUGAACAAGUUGAUGAUCCUUCAAAAAGAAUACAGGAGAAAAAUCGAAAUGGACGAGAAACUCGGAAAUAAGCUACAGAAAGCCCAGCAACAGAAGAAAUAUUUGCAAGAUGAGAAGCUCAUCAAUAGAUUCACCGAUGGAAUAGAGUUCUUCAAACGGCAUUGGAUGUUCAGAGAAGAGACUCGAAAGAAGAACGUCAAACUUUGUGAAAUGCAUGAAGAAGAGAAGCGUCAAAAUAUGGAGAAACGCAUAAAACGAAUUGAGCAAAUUCGCGAGAAAGAUGAAAUCAAAAAGAUAAAACUACGACGAGAAUUCGCGCGGAAAGAACGAUCCAAGGUGAUAAUUGAAAAAGUGAGGAAACAAGCGCAAAAGCUAAGCGAAAGCUAUCUCAAAUUGGUUGAUCAAAAAGAUUUUAAGGAAAUUUUUCGUCGUUUUUCGAUGUUAACUGAGCCAUUCAUUGCGGAAUGCUUGAAAAAAGUGAAUUCAGUGCUUCAAGAUUUGAAAAUAGUUGUAUCAGGCGCAACAUUGGUCGAAAAGCUAUUGUCUAUCAUGACACAAUUGGUUGUUAUGAGACCGGAAAUUGGGCAAAGCAGAUGUGUUCUGAUACGUCAACGUGUUGCUGGAUUCAUUGUGCAUACGAUAACUCAAAUAAAGAACGACCGCUUGAAACACAUCAAAAACAAUUGGAUCAAGAAGCAACGGAAUGCUUUUCAUGAAGGUGACACCAGUGAUGAGAAAGAUUCAACAAGCAAGCAUGUUUCGAUGGAUGAUUCUGCGCACAUAAUUGGCGAGUCUGCGUUUUCGUUUGAUGAAUUUAUCGGCGAUCUGAAGAGCGUCUCAGUGUGGAAAAUCGAAAAAACCGUAAGAAAGUCACUUACUAGUAAUAAGAAUAAUCGAAUUUUGAUAAUUGAUACCAUUUUUACUCAUACAAGUACAACUUGA